CGGGGUCUCGAUGGACCGGGUGCUGAGAUGGGUGGACCAGGACGACGACGGCAGGGUCACGCUCGACGAGGUCGAGCGGGAGGCCGAGCGCCUGAGGCGCAGGGCCGUCGCCGUGGCCCGCCCGGUGGUCCGCUUCUGCGAGGCGUAUCGGCCCUGGCUGCAGGCGGGGGUCGGCGGCCUGACCCUCUUUCUUCCGCCUGUUGUCUUCUACGGGGGUCACUUCAAGCAGUCCCUCUUGUUCUACUGCGGCUUCGAGGCGACGCAGAAGGAGGCGCUGCUGGUCCAGCUGCGGGAGCUUGGCGAGAUAUACUCGGCUGCGCGAUCCAAGAUCCGCGAGGACUACGGGGAGGUUGUUCUGGCUGACUACGGCACCCGCACGGGAGACGAGAGCCGAGGGCAGGGCGGCGAAGGGGCUGCGCACCGCGCACCGCUGUCCCUGGUGGUGUACCGAGCAGUGGACCCGCACCGGUUCCUCAGCGUGGCCCGCUGCCUCUACAGUGGGCUGUGUGUCGGGCUCGCGGCCACGAUGAACGAGAGCGCUGCCAGGCUGGGCCUCGGCGUGCAGCUCGGCCGCCGCCUCUGCGACUGCAUCGCCCCUGCGAUGGGCGUAGCGCCGCGCGAGGGCGCAGCCGACCACUCGGCGCCCGACCCCUGGUCCCUGCUCGCGCUGGAGACUGCGUGCACGGGGCUGGGGCUGACGGUGACCUUUUUCUUCAAGGGCUGGGCCGCCCUGUGGACCACGACGAGCAUGGGGUCCGCCCUCCUGGUGGACGCCGCCGUGGAGAUCCUGGGCGACCUGGCGCUUUGGCCCCAGGGCGACGCGCAGACGUUGGCGCUGCAGUCGUCGAAGGUGGCACUGGCUGCCGUCGGCUUCUACUCGCAGAUGCUGCACUGGGGCAGCCCUCCCGGCGUCCCCUGGUAUCUGCAAGUGCCCCUGGCGCCCGCGCGCCUCGUGGAGGCGCUGCUGUGCCUCGUGGCGGCGCAGGGCGCGGGUCCCGCCGACCUCGGCCUCGUGCCGCGCUGA